CCCAGUCUCGACUCUAAUCCUAAAAAUAAGAUUUCAAGGGAGAGAAGACAAACAAGAGAUCCAAUCUGAGAACAUCAAUGGAGAAACCACCAACGUCAGUAUCAUCAUCAAAGCCUUCUUCCUCAGUCCUUCCUUAUCAAACCCCAAGACUCAGAGACCACUACUUGCUGGGCAAGAAGCUAGGCCAAGGCCAAUUCGGUACAACCUAUCUCUGCACAGAGAAGUCCACAGGCACCGAAUACGCAUGCAAAUCGAUCCCAAAACGCAAGCUCUUGUGCCGCGAAGACUAUGAAGAUGUUUGGAGAGAGAUUCAGAUAAUGCACCACCUGUCUGAGCACUCAAACGUUGUGAGGAUCAAAGGGACUUACGAGGACAAUGUGUUUGUUCAUCUUGUGAUGGAGUUGUGUGGUGGUGGUGAGCUCUUUGAUAGGAUUGUGCAAAAGGGUCAUUACAGUGAGAAAAAAGCUGCUCAGUUGAUGAAGACCAUUGUUGGGGUUGUGGAGGCUUGUCAUUCUCUUGGUGUCAUGCAUAGAGAUCUCAAGCCUGAGAAUUUCUUGUUUGAUUCUCCUGACGAGGAUGCAAAACUUAAGGCCAUCGAUUUUGGGUUGUCUGUGUUCUACAAGCCUGGGCAUUAUCUUUCGGAUGUUGUUGGAAGUCCAUAUUAUGUUGCACCUGAAGUGUUGCAUAAGUAUUAUGGACCUCAAAUCGAUGUAUGGAGUGCUGGUGUUAUUUUGUACAUCUUACUAUGUGGGGUUCCACCUUUUUGGGCAGAAACCGACUCCGGUAUCUUCAGAGAAAUUCUCAAAGGCAAAUUAGAUUUUGAAUCUGAACCAUGGCCUCAUAUUUCUGAAAGUGCAAAAGAUCUUAUACGGAAGAUGCUUAACAGGGAUCCAAGGAGCAGAAUAUCUGCUCAUGAAGUUCUAUGUCACCCAUGGAUCGUGGAUGACAGAGUUGCCCCAGACAAACCUUUGGAUUCUGCAGUUUUGUCGCGCCUGAAGCAAUUCUCAGCAAUGAACAAACUUAAAAAGAUGGCUUUGCGUGCUCUGCAACUUUUUAGGAUGCUGGAACUCAUUGAGGCCUAUUAUAUUCCAUCCUCUAAGGCUGUUUUUCCUAUCUUGCUGGGGAAAAGGUUGGGGAGGCCCUUUUUUAUUCCACAAAAGGUGGAAGCCUUGUGUAUUGAUCACCUGGUGCUCAACAAGGUUAUAGCAGAAAGGCUUUCAGAAGAAGAAAUUGGAGGUUUAAAACAGUUGUUCAAGAUGAUUGACACAGACAAUAGCGGGACGAUAACUUUUGAGGAACUGAAACAUGGGUUGAAAAGAGUAGGCUCUGAACUAACAGAGUCAGAGAUCAAGGCUCUUAUGAAUGCGGCUGAUAUUGACAACAGCGGCACAAUUGACUAUGGUGAAUUUCUUGCUGCUACCUUGCACAUGAAUAAGAUGGACAAAGAGGAGAAUCUUCUUGCAGCCUUCUCUUUCUUUGACAAGGAUGGUAGUGGCUACAUAACAAUUGAUGAGCUUCAACAAGCUUGCAAAGAUUUUGGUCUAGGUGAUGUUCAUCUGGAUGAGAUGAUCAAAGAAAUUGAUCAAGACAAUGUGAGUCUCUUUAGCUACAUCAUAAUUUUAGUGCCUUGGAUAUUGCAGCAUAAUGUGUUCUUUGCCCGUUCAUAUGGUCUUUAUUAA